AUGCUCGGCCUGCAGGCCGGUAGCGCAGAUAUGCUUGGGGUCCCGUUUACAGAUCUACUCACCGACGGCGUGGUUAUUCAACAGUCAAACGCCAAAGCCCUCGAGAACAGUGUCGACAUCCACUGUAUCCUGCAGCUUGUCAGAACCGCGCGCGCGCAGGGUCUGACUGUCCCGGUCCUCCUGAUGGGCUAUUAUAACCCCGUCCGGGCGUAUGAGGAGGAAAGGCUAUUGCUGGAUAAUAAGGCGGCAGGGGUGAAUGGGGCCGAUGUAGCGCGCAACUUUAUAGAGGACUACGUGCGGAAUCAUGCCCAGGACCCCGAUGUCGACGGGAGGAGGCCAGCAUCCAACGAGUCUGGGACGCCGUCGCCUUGCAUGCAGUUCCUCGAGUCUCUCGACGCAACCCGCGGCUCCUGAGACGUCCCAAUCCCCGACCGAAAAUAGAAUAGUGACGUGCAUCCAUGUCUGCGACCAGCCCAAGCCGAACCACCGUAUCUCCCUGUGUGUGCUGCGGGUAUUGAUAAGCCUUAUGGUGAGGCAAUAACCAUAGGGGAUAGAGAUCGUCCAAACCGAAACCAUGGUUGUCCACUCUGCGUUCUUGCAGGGUCUGAAAACCUGGAAAUGUCCCCAGUCAAGC